AUGGAUAACUCAGAUUUCUCAAAGAAGAAGAAAAAACGAUCAACAAGUAGUCAAUUGCACAGUAAGCGACACAGUAACGCACGACAUCGCCUGCGCCCCAAUCCUGGUCCAACCAAUCAUUUGCAUCGCAGCAAAAACCGCACCACGCAAUUCGACGCCCUUCGUAAAGAACUAACCGAAAAAUUAGGACUCCCCAGCGACUGCCGACUUUAUUUUAUGAAGAAAUAUGAUAUGGAUAAGCUACCGGAUACUCCUCGCUUGAAAAUCACUCAUCACAACUGUGUAAUUCUUGACGCUGAAACGUGGAAGGUCUUGCAAGUGAUACGAUUCACUCCUUUCUCAGAAAUGUCUGACGAGCAAAUGAAGCAAAUGAAUUUCACAAUCAAAACCAUUUACAACCAUGCUUUGGCUCGAUCUACCGUCAAAAUCAAUCAUGCCAUGAAAGGUAUUAAAGAACCUGGCGAGAUGUAUGCCACUGGCUACAGGGGUGCCUCAGACAAAGGACGCAAAUUUGGUGUGACUGCUCUAAGUGCCAAGACUUCCAAGAGCUUGGAAGCUAUUUCCAAAGACGAAGCGAGGAUGGAUGACAUGGCCGUCAUCAAUGACACACUUGCCGAGUGGAUGUCCACCUUAUGCAUGCGGGCGUUCCAAUCGAACCGCGACCUUGCUCUCGAUUUCUCAAUACCUUCUUUUUCCGAUAAGAAGUGGGCCGAAUCCCCUAAUGCCAAUGUCAUCGCCUCUAGCAUCGCCGUCACUCGAGAUGGGUUCAACAAUAAUCCUCAUCCCGAUUUCGAUGCCACCCCUUAUGCAUAUGGUUUGUUCUCCAGAAUUAAUCGCGCCACUGGGGAACUUCAUUGGGUCAAAAUCUCUGAGUAUCUUGGGGACAUCGAAGGCUGUUAUUUCAUCUUGGAUCAAUAUCAUAUCGAGUUGUGUCUGGAUGCAUGUGACGGGGUAGUUGAGUGUUGUUGGGCAUCUGAUGAACUUCAUCACACCUUGGCUUCAACAACAUACGACGAAGGCUGGUGCCCGAUACGGCCAAAAGAUUCGCCUAUCACCCGAUUUGGCUGCUCACUGCAAAUCAGCGCGGCAUUGGUCAAACGCAUUGAAGGCCUACUGAAGAUGAAGGAAGGUAAAACUGACGUCGAAUGGGAAACAUACCAAAGAUCAGUUAUCAAGUGCUAUGAUCAGGAGAUUGAAAAUAAAUCGUCCAAGUUCCAUGAUCCUAAUCGGCUUCAGAUACCUAAGAAAACCACGAGAACGAGAAAGUAG